UGAAAGAAGUGAAUGAAAUGUGCAGCUCGGGGUGUCAUUUCUGAAGGGAGGCGUCGUCGUCUUGGAGAGGAGUCCUCCAUGAGCCUGGCCGAGGCCCUGGAUCUGUGUGCAGUGGACUAAGGAUUUAGUAGGAUGUCAACUGAGACAGAACUUCAAGUAGCUGUGAAAACCAGCGCCAAGAAAGACUCCAGGAAGAAAGGUCAGGAUCGCAGCGAAGCCACUUUGCUAAAGAGGUUUAAAGGGGAAGGGGUCCGGUACAAGGCCAAGCUGAUCGGGAUUGACGAGGUUGCCGCCGCUCGGGGAGACAAGUUAUGUCAAGAUUCCAUGAUGAAGCUCAAGGGCGUUGUGGCUGGUGCUCGUUCCAAAGGAGAACACAAACAGAAAAUCUUUUUAACCAUCUCCUUUGGAGGAAUCAAAAUCUUUGAUGAGAAGACAGGGGCCCUUCAGCAUCAUCAUGCUGUUCACGAAAUUUCCUACAUCGCAAAGGACAUCACAGAUCACCGGGCCUUUGGCUACGUUUGUGGGAAGGAAGGGAAUCACAGAUUUGUGGCCAUAAAAACAGCCCAGGCGGCUGAACCUGUUAUUCUGGACUUGAGAGAUCUCUUUCAACUUAUUUAUGAAUUGAAGCAAAGAGAAGAAUUGGAAAAAAAGGCACAAAAGGAUAAGCAGUGUGAACAAGCUGUGUACCAGACCAUUCUGGAAGAAGAUGUGGAAGAUCCUGUGUACCAGUACAUUGUGUUUGAGGCUGGACAUGAGCCAAUCCGUGAUCCCGAAACGGAGGAAAACAUUUAUCAGGUUCCCACCAGCCAAAAGAAGGAAGGUGUUUAUGAUGUGCCAAAAAGUCAACCUGUAAGUAGCGGCCACCCGAUGGAGGAUUUUGAAGAACGGUUUGCCGCGGCCACCCCGAACAGAAACCUGCCCGUGGACUUUGAUGAGAUUCUUGAGGCAACGAAGGCUGUGACCCAAUUAGAACUUUUUGGGGACAUGUCCACCCCUCCUGAUAUAACCUCUCCCCCCACUCCUGCAACUCCAGGUGAUGCCUUUAUCCCGUCUUCAUCUCAGACGCUUCCAGCGAGUGCAGACAUGUUUGGUUCUGUACCUUUCGGCACUGCUGCUGUACCCUCAGGUUAUGUUGCGAUGGGCGCCGUCCUCCCAUCCUUCUGGGGCCAGCAGCCCCUCGUCCAACAGCAGAUCGCCAUGGGUGCUCAGCCACCAGUCGCUCAGGUGAUGCCGGGGGCUCAGCCCAUCGCAUGGGGCCAGCCGGGUCUCUUCCCCGCCACUCAGCAGCCCUGGCCCACUGUGGCCGGGCAGUUUCCGCCAGCCGCCUUCAUGCCCACACAAACUGUUAUGCCUUUGCCAGCCGCCAUGUUCCAAGGUCCCCUCACCCCCCUCGCGACCGUCCCAGCCACGGGUGACUCCGCCAGGUCAAGUCCACAGAGCGACAAGCCCAGGCAGAAAAUGGGGAAAGAGAUGUUCAAGGAUUUCCAGAUGGCCCAGCCUCCGCCCGUGCCCUCCCGCAAACCCGACCAACCCUCCCUCACCUGUACCUCAGAGGCCUUCUCCAGUUACUUCAGCAAGGUCGGGGUGGCGCAGGAUACAGAUGACUGUGAUGACUUCGACAUCUCCCAGUUGAACUUGACCCCUGUGACUUCUACCACGCCAUCGACCAACUCACCUCCAACCCCAGCCCCUAGACAGAGCUCUCCGUCCAAAUCAUCUGCAUCCCAUGCCAGUGAUCCUACCACAGAUGACAUCUUCGAAGAGGGCUUUGAAAGCCCCAGCAAAAGUGAAGAGCAAGAAGCUCCUGAUGGAUCACAGGCCUCAUCCAACAGUGAUCCAUUUGGGGAGCCCAGUGGGGAGCCCAGUGCUGAUAAUAUAAGUCCACAGGCCGGUAGCUAGAUAGCGCAGGUCUGGGAGCUGGAGCCUCUCUAUGCGCAGAUCAGCAGACCUAAGAAAUAGCAUCAGUGCGGGCUCGUGGCGGGUGCUUCAGGACUGGCAUGGAAAUCAGCAUCAGACCGACUCUCUUGUAUUCUUUCACCUCCCUUCAUCCCAUGGAGAAUUUCAUGAUUGCCCAAUGGAACUCGUUCGGAAAGAGGAAACUAAGAGUUUUUGGCAACCAACGGCAGAUAUCUAUGGCAGCACAAACAAAACAAAAACACACAAAAGUAUAACAAAAUCAUACCCAACGUUACAUCACAACUCAAGCAAAUAUUCUGAGCACCUGACAAAUACUCUGAGCUCUCUUAGUGUGGAUUGAAGAUGACCCCCCAGUAUGCAAAAUCAUAAUUUCCUUUUUAUUUCUCUCAUGUUGUCCACUGUAGAGAUGUCAAAUUUGGAGCAACAGGCCUUCAAGUGUUACAGCAAGGUUGGCACUGACUUCUUUUAGGCAAAACAAGAGGUCCUCUGUGACCGCAGUCUCAUCCUGCAUAUGCCUUUUGACAUACGAUGUUUUUUCAUCACUCCACGGGGCCUGGUCUACCAUUUCCCCCCUUUCCUUCCUUUGUCAUGUUUGAAAAUUAAUGGGUGUACAAAUUUUGUAUUGCUUUUGACUUUUUAAAGAUAUUGAUGAAGAAAUCUAACGGGAAAAACAGUCUCAUAUGAAAUGAAUUAACUUGAAAUCGCAAGACAAAUAAGUGGCCGAUUAUUCUUUACAACCAGGAAUGUUGCCAAAACAACCCUUUAGCUAUUUCUGCAUCCUGGUAAAGAAAGACCGCUUUCGGUUUGACCCUUCAUUCUGCGAGUAGGAAAGGACAUCAAAUCCCAUUGAUGAGAAAGAUGAAAAAAUGCAUCUGAUUUCCUAAGAAGCUCUAAAUUCUAAGUACAAUAAAGUGAUAUUUUUUAUUUUUCCGAUAUCUUGCUGCUGUGAUGCUAUGCAGACAAGUGUCUUCUCCACGUGCCAUUUUCAAAGACAAGUCAUUUGCCAAAUAAUCCUGGUACAAUCCUGGUAGUGUGGCUCUGGAUCUUAAAAAAUGACUUUCUAAUGGAACAAUGGUGACAUGAAUAUUCAGAAUAACAAACUGAUUCUGUGAUCACAA